CCCAGCCCUCGACUCCAUCUCAAACAACCCAACGCCCAGCCGAGCUGCCAACGCGUCCUCACCACAACCAUCGCGAUCCAUCCCCAACCCGGCAUUCGAACCGCAUCCUGUUUGCUCUGAAGCCGGCUAUCAAUCCAAGCACCCAUCGAGAUGAUGGGCUGGUGGUCUUCUGGCGCCAACACGGCGCUCGAGGAGCAGAUCGAGAAGGCAACCAGCAGCAGCCUAGAGGAUAUUGCACUCAACCUCGAGAUCUCCGAUGUCAUCCGCUCGAAGACGGUGCCGCCCAAAGAUGCCAUGCGCUCGCUCAAACGGCGCAUCGGCCAUAAGAAUCCAAACACCCAGCUGAGCGCUCUUGAGCUCACGGACACGUGUGUAAAGAACGGCGGGCAGCACUUCCUUGUCGAGAUAGCCUCGCGCGAGUUCAUCGAUAAUCUGGUGUCGCUGCUGAAAGCAACCGGCCCCGCCGCCGUCAACGCCGAGGUGCGCGGUAAAAUUCUCGAGCUGAUCCAGUCGUGGGCUGCCGUGACAGAGGGUCGCUACGAGCUAGCCUACAUUGGUGAGGUCUAUAAGACGUUGCAGCGCGAGGGUUUCCAGUUCCCCCCUAGUGUCGCUGUCUCCAGCAGCAUGAUAGACAGCAGUGCGCCCCCCGAGUGGACCGAUUCGGAUGUUUGCAUGCGGUGCCGGACGCCGUUCACCUUUACGAAUCGCAAGCACCACUGCCGGAACUGCGGUAGCUGCUUCGACCAGCAAUGUUCGUCCAAGUCGCUCCCGCUGCCCCACCUUGGAAUACUACAGGCCGUGCGCGUCGACGACGGAUGCUACGCCCGGCUCACCGACAAGAAUCGCGGCGGCGGCGGCAGCGGCCAUGCGGCAAAGGACGGGCAAACGCCGAACCUGUACUCGUCGUUCCCCCAUAAGAACCGCUCGUCUUCGACGAUGCAACCGCGAAACGCCAGGGUUGACGAUGGUUUCGACGAGGACUUGAAAAAGGCUCUGGCCAUGAGCUUGGAAGAAGUUAAGAGCCACUCGAGGGGAUAUAACACGGCGCCCAGCAGCGGUCCCGCCACUCAGUCCUCCAAGGUUAACGGACACACCCCGCCUGCCUCGAAGCAACCAGUUGAGGAAGAGGAUGACGACCUCAAGGCAGCCAUUGCGGCGUCCCUCGCCGAUAUGGAGGUUGAGAAGAAGCAACACGCCGCCGUUUUACAUGAGCAGACACACAGCGCCGAGCCGUCGAAAGCCGCAACCUUGACACAGCCCAAGAACGACUAUGAGCUCACGCCUGUUGAGGCUGAGAACAUCAACUUGUUUGCGACCCUGGUAGACCGUCUUCAGACUCAGCCUCCCGGUACCAUUCUUCGGGAGCCGCAGAUCCAGGAGCUCUACGAUAGCAUUGGUACUCUGAGGCCGAAGCUGGCGAGAACUUACGGAGAGACUAUGAGUAAACAUGACACUCUCCUCGACCUCCACGCCAAGCUUGCAACAGUCGUGCGGUACUACGACCGGAUGCUCGAGGAGCGUCUUUCCAAGGCGUAUGGCCAACACGCCUAUGGAGGAUACAAUUUGCCCGCGCCACGCCAAGCCCCCGGCCCCUAUCAGUCUCUCCAAGGCCCGAGCGCCCCGACGAGCAUUCCGGGGGAGAGCUUUUAUACGGGAGAGCCUCAACAUGACUACUCACGACAAGCCCCUCAGCCGUCCUACCCCCCUCCGCAUCACCAGCCUCCCCAACAGCAACAUCAGCAGUCGGUGCAGUACGACAAGCGAGCCUCGGUCUCGGGUCCGCCCGUCGGCCAGUUUGCGCCGCCACAAAGAACUGAGAGCUGGCAGCUCCCUCAUGCACCUAGCCAGCCUCAACAAUACCAGUACCCCCAGCCCGAUGCCCCUCCACCACAAGCAGUAGCUCACGGACAGGCUCCCUCCCAGCCCACGCUUGCCGCCCCCGGAGCCCCUGACUCGGGUGGGGUCACACCGACGACGGACCCCAGCGCCGCCUACUACUUCAACCAGGCGCAAGUCUCGGCGCUGCAGACACCUGUGGCCGCGCCGGCUGAGCCAGCGCGAUCGCCGUAUCCUAGUCUUCAGCAGCCCGCGCAGUACCAGAGCCCGGCCCCUGCACCUUCCCACCCAGCACAGCAACAGCCGCAGCCUCCACAGCCACAGCAACCACAACAGACGCAGCAAGAACAAAAACACCCACAGCAACCUUACUGGCAGCACUCGGCUGCUCAGAGCACGGCUCUUCCGGCCACCCACCAGCCGUGGCCCCAAGCUCCAAGUGGGUCGUAUCCUAGCUAUCAGCAGGAAGCCUUCCCCUCGGCACCACACCAUGCUCCGCAGAAGCCGGCGGUUGAGGAGAGCCUUAUUGAGCUAUAAUUGCAUCAAGUCUAACGGCACAACAUAUAGCUUGUGUUGGGCUGGCUUUUCAUACUCUUUUCCAUCUCCCUGUACCUUGUCCGCUUUGACGGUGUAUCCCUAUGGACCCUUGCACAUUUGGGAACGGCGUUUCCGUUAGUAUGGUAGGGGCGAUUGCGCUGUGGGUGUUAUUUGUGUGUUCUUAGGCUUUUUCUAUGCCAGUUCCCCAGAUUCUUGGAAGUGUUUGUUGAAUGGGCAAGACAUUCUUUCGCCGCGACAAUACGAGAAGGUAGACAGACCAAGACGCGGGCAUAAAGUUGGAGCAGAUAGGCGAGAAGAUACCUGUGGUUCCUCCUGCGUGAGUGAUGUUUUGGCUACAACUGCUACGGGGCGGUUGGCUUUGUGUACUGCAAGAAGGACAAAAACAUUGCAGCCCGUGACACCAAACAUUCCAGAUUUGUUGAUGCGCCCAGAAUAGAGCAUUCCAGUCCAUGGACUAGGGCGUGCUCAGAUGUGCCAGCCGGAUCC